AUGUUGUCUACCUAUUCUAAAACAGCAGUUAAGGCUGCUGUCCCAAAGGCUGUUCGUUGUUUGGCAACUGCUGCUUUGACCAGAGAUUCUCAAGUCAACCAAAACUUGUUGGAAACUCACUCCUUCAUUCAAUACAAGAAGCAUCUUGAAAAUGUUGAAAUCGUCAAGUCUAGAUUAAACAGACCAUUGACUUACGCUGAAAAGCUUUUAUACGGUCACUUGGAUGACCCUCACGGUCAAGAUAUCGAAAGAGGUGUCUCUUACUUGAAGUUGAGACCAGACAGAGUUGCUUGUCAAGAUGCCACCGCUCAAAUGGCCAUUUUACAAUUCAUGUCCGCUGGUAUGCCACAAGUCGCUACUCCAUCCACCGUCCACUGUGACCAUUUGAUUCAAGCUCAAGUUGGUGGUCCAAAGGAUUUAGCCAGAGCCAUUGACUUGAACAAGGAAGUUUACGACUUCUUGGCUUCUGCCUGUGCCAAGUACAACUUGGGUUUCUGGAAGCCAGGUUCCGGUAUUAUCCAUCAAAUCGUCUUGGAAAACUAUGCUUUCCCAGGUGCUCUUUUGAUUGGUACCGAUUCCCACACUCCAAACGCUGGUGGUUUAGGUCAAUUGGCUAUCGGUGUCGGUGGUGCUGAUGCUGUCGAUGUCAUGGCUGGUUUGCCAUGGGAAUUGAAGGCUCCAAAGAUCAUCGGUGUUAAGUUAACCGGUAGAAUGUCUGGUUGGACCUCUCCAAAGGAUAUCAUCUUGAAGUUGGCUGGUAUUACUACCGUCAAGGGUGGUACUGGUGCUAUUGUCGAAUAUUUCGGUUCCGGUGUUGAAACCUUCUCUUGUACCGGUAUGGGUACCAUCUGUAAUAUGGGUGCUGAAAUUGGUGCCACCACUUCCGUAUUCCCAUUCAACAACUCCAUGGUUGACUACUUGAACGCCACUGGUAGAUCCAAGAUUGCUGAAUUUGCCAACGUUUACAAGAAGGACUUCCUUUCUGCUGAUGAAGGUUGUGAAUAUGAUCAAGUUAUUGAAAUUGACUUGAACACCUUGGAACCACACAUUAACGGUCCAUUCACCCCAGAUUUAGCCACCCCAGUUUCCAAGAUGAAGGAAACCGCUCUUGCUAACGGAUGGCCAUUGGAAGUCAAGGUUGGUUUGAUUGGUUCUUGUACCAACUCUUCUUAUGAAGAUAUGACCAGAGCUGCUUCCAUCAUCACUGAUGCUGGUGCUCACGGUUUAAAGGCCAAGUCUAUUUACACUGUCUCUCCAGGUUCUGAACAAGUUAGAGCUACUAUUGCCAGAGACGGUCAAUUAAAGACCUUCGAAGACUUUGGUGGUGUUGUCAUGGCCAAUGCUUGUGGUCCAUGUAUCGGUCAAUGGGAUAGACAAGACAUCAAGAAGGGUGAAAAGAACACCAUUGUCUCCUCUUUCAACAGAAACUUCACUGCCAGAAACGAUGGUAACCCAGCUACCCACGCCUUUGUUGCCUCCCCAGAAAUGGUUACUGCUUACGCUAUUUCCGGUGACUUAGGUUUCAACCCAAUCACUGACACUUUGAAGGAUGCUGAAGGUAACGAAUUCAAGUUGAAGGAACCAGUUGGUGUUGGUUUACCAGUCAACGGUUACGACCCAGGUGAAAACACUUACCAAGCUCCACCAGAAGACAGAGCCUCUGUUCAAGUCAUCAUUGAACCAACCUCUGACAGAUUGCAAAAGUUGACUCCAUUCAAGCCAUGGGACGGUAAGGAUGCUGAAAAGUUGCCAAUUUUGAUCAAGGCUGUUGGUAAGACCACCACCGAUCAUAUUUCUAUGGCUGGUCCAUGGUUGAAAUACCGUGGUCACUUGGAAAACAUUUCCAACAACUAUAUGAUUGGUGCUAUCAAUGCUGAAAACGGUAAGGCCAACGAAGUCAAGAACCUCUACACUGGUGAAUACAAGGGUGUUCCACAAACCGCUGCUGACUACAGAGACUCUGGUCACAAGUGGGUUGUUAUUGGUGACGAAAACUUUGGUGAAGGUUCUUCCAGAGAACACGCUGCUUUGGAACCAAGAUUCUUGGGUGGUUUCGCCAUCAUCACCAAGUCCUUUGCUCGUAUUCACGAAACCAACUUGAAGAAGCAAGGUUUGUUGCCAUUGAACUUUGUCAAUGUUGCUGACUACGACAAGAUCAACCCAGACGAUGUUGUUGACUUGGUUGGUUUAACCACUUUGGCUCCAGGUAAGAACUUGACCUUGAGAGUUCACCCAAAGAACGGUGCUACUUGGGAAACCGAAUUAUCUCACACUUAUAAUGCUGAACAAAUUGAAUGGUUCAAGGCUGGUUCUGCUUUGAACAAGAUGGCCAAGGCUUAA